AUGCGUCUCCUUCGUCGUGCCGUCCAUUCUGCUUCCACUGUCAACCCGGCUGAAAUCGCGCAUUUUUCGCGUCUCUCUUCACAAUGGUGGGAUGAGAAAGGCGAAUUCAGCUUUCUGCACCAAAUGAACCCAGUCAGAAUGCGUUUCAUACGCGAAAAGUUACUUGAAACUGCCCGCGACCAAGAACCGCUGUUAGAGGAGGGUUUUGGACUUAGGAAUCUUGAUGUUUUGGACAUAGGCUGUGGUGGAGGACUUUUGUCUGAGAGUCUUGCUCGUUCUGGAGCAAACACGCUUGGAGUGGAUGCAUCUGAAGCGAAUAUUUCAAUAGCGAGGCUCCAUGCCACGCAAGACCCCGCCUUUUCUAGUCCCUCUACGCGGCUUUCGUACCUCCACACACCGGCUGAAGCUCUGUUGAAAGAGUCCAAGCGGUAUGAUGUCGUCUGCUCGAUGGAAGUGCUCGAACACGUUGAUAACCCCUCUACAUUCCUUGAUACUUGUUCUCAACUCGUAAAGCCUGGAGGCCAUCUCUUCCUCUCGACAAUCUCCCGUACACCACUCGCCUACUUCCUCACGAUUUUCAUGGCAGAAGAUGUGCUCGGCAAGGUUUCAAAAGGGACACACACACACUCCAAAUUCAUCCGCCCAGAAGAGUUGACGGAUUUUUUCCGCCGAAAGUUGCAUUGGAUCGACCAGAGCCCAUCUCAACCACCACGGACGCAAGCUGAAGUGCGGGGUCUCGUGUAUAACCCAUUGGCUUCGAAUUGGAUACUCGCGCCACGAGGAGCAUACGGCGCUACCGCUGCCAACUAUCUCUUUUGGGUACGGAAACCCAUCCAAUACCCAAGUGAAUCAGAUAGCAAGUAA